GAAGGCUGACGUCCCGACAGCGCAAUAAAUAGUCUGCGUUUCCCAUCUGUGCCAUAGACAAUUCUGAAAAACACGCUCUUGUCGCGAAUCGAACAGUUUAGUGUCGCCUGCGUACUUCCUUGCAAACGUUGCAGUGAAUUAGGAAAGACGUGUAUUCGUGCGGAGUUCUCAAAACGUUGUAACGAGUGUAUUCGCGCAACAAACUGUCGCUGUGUUGAAAUGCCUGUUUCCAAGCUAGCGUGGAAGCGUCUUACUGAGGCGCAAGAAUAUCUUCAGGAAGAAGAGGAACAGGCCUUAACCAAAAUCCUUCAACUUUGGAAACAGCAAAAAUUGUUAAAGAAACGGGCUGGUGAAUUCCUUCAGAGGGAUAUUAAAGACGUUGAGGAGUUGGAAAAAUUGGAGGAGAAGGAAGAGGAAGAGAGGAAAAAGUGGGAGGCAGAGAAACGAAAAGAGGCUGAGGCUUCUAGAGCUCGUCAAAACUUGGCUGCCGCGCUCAAGUUCCCUUCUUCUGCCGAUAUCGAGGCUUUCGAUCCUUCUAUCUUGGAUGAUUCUUUCCUUGACUAA